AGUUUGGGGGAGCCAUACUCUCCAGCCACGAUGUAUUUGAAUCGCCAGGACGGCGAGAUAAGCAUGUGUAUUGAUGGCAGGAUGCGGUCGGGAUGUCAAUUGGCAGGAUGUGGUCGGGAUGUCAAUAGGCCAGUAUCAAGUCGAUCAAUUCAAUCCAUUUGAUCAACUCAAUCUAUUCGAUCAACUCAAUCUACUUGAUAUACUUGAUCAGCUCGAUGGUGGCCGAUAUCACAUUUCCGGCCGACCUGUCCCGGCGGUAAUCUGUUCGUUGGUGCAAAUGUCUGCCAUCGACACAAUCUGGCGGGAGACUUCCGCGAACCGCUGCCGGCCAAUCCCCCCGGUCGGGAGUUGCGCGGGCACCACACCACCCCCGGCAGGCCCCGUCAUGAGGUUGCUGUGGGGAUGGCCAGCGUCGUCCGGGCAACCCUUAUCCUCCAUCUCGGUGGGUCCUGCAUUCCUUGCGUCCUCGGCCUCUCUCGGCACUGCUCCACCGCCCACGAUGCCCAGGCUCGGCCAGUUUUCGGUCUUCAUCCACACCGCCGUCCAGGCCACGGGGGCUCCUCUGCCCGAAUACAGCCCCGUCGUGGACGACUCGGUCGAGGCCUCCAAGACCGUCACCGUCUACAUUCCGUCCGAGACCAACGUCCGGUUCAUCGUCAAGGCCGCCAAUCUCUCCUACGAAACCAGCAGCGACAGCAGCAUCGCCAUCCACACCUUUGUCGACGGCGUCCUACACAACCGCUCGCACCUGCCGCUCCUUGAGCACGUCACGAUCGAGGGCCGGGCCGUCACGACCGAGGGCAGGAAAAUCCAGCCGUUUUUCUUCUCAAGCCCGCAGGAGCUGGAGGACAUUGCUCGGCUUCGCCGGGUGGCCCAUCCGCAUGCUGAUCCCGAUGCUCGCGACCGCCGCCAGCGAGACCUCGAUGGAGACGCACACAUGCUCGACGUCAGCGAGGGACUGCAGGAUCUGAGCGCCUUUGGAACGAUCCGGGUCGAGUUUUACCGGAUCAUGGUCACCAAAACUGUCGACGGCGCGCCGUGCAUGGAAGUGGACGAGGACAGCCGCAUUGUUCCCAAGCUCGUCCAGAGCGCCUCGCAAAUCAGCCAUCUGACCAAGUGGGUGCUUCGUUGCGCAUCCAGCGCUGCUGCUGCAAGUGCCGAGGGCGCCUACGGCACGAAUGGAAUGCGUCCGGACGAGCGGCACUGGCUGGUCAGCGACAGCAGCAUCGUCGUCGGUAUUGUUAACCUGAGCGACGCUCUCGUUGUCGGGCCAGGCUCGGUGAUAUCGUCAAUCGCGCGUCGGUUCCUGCCAAGAGCAUAUACUUUGAAAACCUCGACGACUCGCCGAUGCUGGCAGUGACGUUCGAAUACCGAAGCAUGGAGACCCUCAAG